AUGCCAACGACUUUAGCUGAUCUACCUGCUGAAUUGAUCUUCAGAAUUCACCUUUUAUCUUUGAAUCCAUUUUUGCCUCGAACCAACCGGUACAUCCAUUCUGUCUUACAUCACCCCUCGCCAUAUUACGCUGCAAAUUAUCUACUCAAUCUCUAUUCAGCUUAUGGACCAGAUGAAAUAUUCAAUCGGUCCUUGAGGCAUCCAAUUUGUACUGUAGAUACCGCCGAGAGUAUGAAGAAAAUCUGGGAUAGACGCCGAGGGUAUAUUGCUCCGAGCACAAUUUCAUCUCCCUCGAAAAGAAGAAAUUCUGCUGGUCCUAAUAUCGGCAUGCAAUCGGAUAGUAACGUUCCUGCAGGAUCACCUUCAUCAAGUUCCUUGCAACUUCCUGAACCCACCUUACCUGCUUUAUCUUGUACCGAACUACCACGUCGACUUUUUCGCAAUCCAUCAAAUGUCAGUGAACCUGUUCACCCAUUAAUCCAAUACCUCUUCUCGACUUAUACACCUUCUCCUAACUCUCAUAAAGGAUAUCCACUGUUCCGGGCGAUCUUAACAUCAAAUUGCGACUUGGUAUCCUACCUACUUUCGCAAGGUGCGGAUCCAGGUAUAAGAGACUGUUUCGCUCUGGAGAUAGCUAUAUCGAGAAAAGAUCUUAGAAUGGUACGGAUCUUAGUCGAACCUGAUCCUCCCGAUACUUCUACAAAAGCUUUGUCGCCUAAUAAAGAAGCUGUCAAGAAGGGGAAAAAGUUCAAAUUGGGCGAUAGGGUAAAAAUUGGAACAAAUAUGGUAGAAAAAGCUAUACAAACAGGUUCGAAAGAUAUUAUCAACUAUUUCGUUUAUGAGAAGAAGGUCAUGCCGCCUCUUCAAUCCAUAAUGAGUUUAGGUAAACCAGACCGUAAUCAAACACCGAAAACACAGCAACGCAAAAAGCAACCACGAACAUCAUCAUUUACAUCCAAGGCAUAA